CAGUACGCAUGCGCGCGUAGAGACUGGAGUUUCCAAGCAGCGAAGAUGCCUGCCAACAGGACCAAGUUGCGGUUUAAGAGUAUCCACGAGGCUGUGAUAAAUGCUGAUGUGGAGGAGCUACAGGCCAUGGUGAAACAGGGCGCCAGUAUCAAUGAGGUGGACCUGACCUGUAAGGACAAGUUUACUCCACUCAUGUGGGCAGCUCACACAGGCAGUCUGGAGUGUUUACACUGGUUGCUAUGGCACCGGGCUGAUACCACUGACACGUCUCCGCAGGGGUGGACUGCAGCGCACAUCGCUGCCAUCAGGGGGCAGGACGCUUGUCUGCAGGCCCUUGCCACCAGUGGAGCUAACCUGACAGCUAAAGACAACCGAGGUCAGACCUGUGCCCACCUGGCAGCAGCACACGGACACUCCUUCACUCUGCAGUCUAUUCUCAGGAGUGGAGUGGAAGUAAACACCCAGGACUCUAACGGCUGGCUGCCCGUGCACGCGGCUGCCUACCACGGCAGGCUGGGCUGUCUGCAGCUGCUGGUCAAGUGGGGCUGUGGGCUGGACGAUGUGGACAACGCUGGCAACCUACCUGCUCACCUUGCCUCCAUGGAGGGCCACCUGCCGUGUCUGAAGUUCCUGGUGUGUAACGGCCCCAGCAUCACCCACACCAUGAACGCUCGCAACGAUCACGGAGAGACGCCCAAAACACUGUCCUCACAGUUCUACAAGGAGGCUUGUGUGGACUAUCUCAACGCUGUCGAGUGGGACAGAGAUCAUCCAGAAGACCAAGAAAACCUGGCCUUCCCCGCCCAUGUGGCAGCCUAUAACGGAGACCUGGGCCACCUGCGCAUGCUGAUAGAACAGGGCGUGGUCAACAUCAACGAGAGGGACGACAAGGGCGCCACCCCUGCACACAAAGCUGCUGGCCAGGGCCAUAUUGAGUGUCUGCAGUGGCUGGUGGAGAUGGGUGCAAACGUCCACAUUGUGAAUACUGCCGGUGAGACGGCGCGUGACGUUGCCGCCCGGUUUGGUCAGCUGGCCUGUGUGAAGCUGCUGGGGGGAGAUCCAGAUGCUCCAGGGGGAGACACGGAUGAUGAUGAGCAUGAGGAGCAGGAGUACCCAGCUGUGGUGGGCAGCACUGACAACCCCAUCAACAUGCCGCAGAGGAAGGUCAAGGAGGCAAGGGCUCGAGCCUGGAAGAAGGUAGAGGAGCUGGAGCGCCUCCUGGAGAUCGCCAAGAUGAACUACAGGCAGCUGGGCGGGCGUCUGGACGAGGACAGGGAGAAGGAGAAGGAAGAGAAGGAGACAGACAGGACGAUCCGUGAGCUUGACCAGCAGCUUGAGUACGAGCGGCUGCGGCGGGAGAAGAUGGAGGGACAGCUGGAUGAGUAUCGCGCUGAGGUCGCUCAUCUCAACGAGGAACUGGAACGGGCCUGCAGCGUCGUGAGUGAUGACGAGCCAGUCCGUCAGACCAAGAAGAAGAAGAACAAGAAGCGGUCGAACGCAGACAGCGGCGGGGUGUUCGUCAGACGCUCCACAACCAAGAACAAGAACAAGAUCUAUGACUAGGGAUAUGAUCAUGUUGGUAGUGACAUG